AUGGAGAUGAUGAAGCUGAAGCCGUCAUUUGCUAGGAAGCUAAACCAACAAGGUUUGAAACCCAUUCACCUUGCAUUGGAAAAGGGGCAUAAAGAGAUGGUGCUUCGUUUCCUACAAAUGGAUAAAGAUCUUGUUCGUGUCACAGGGAAGAAUGGUGAGACUCCGUUGCACUACAUUAUUAAAGUUGGAAACCAUGACAGUCUGCUGGAAACAUUUUUGAAGGCUUGUCCUGAUUGUAUCCGAGAUGUUACAACUGAGAAUCGCAGUGCUUUGCAUAUUGCAGCGGAAAAAAAAAGGUUGGAUGUUCUUCAGAUUUUAAUUCGAAUGCUUAAGAAGAAGGACUAUUAUCAGGAAGAGGUAAAUAGAAAGGACGAAGAUGGCAACACUGCAUUACACAUAGCUGCUAGAAAUAAUCAAACCGUGAUGCUUAAACUACUAUUAAGUAGCAAGGCUGAUAAGCAUGCCACCAAUCAAUCCGAUUUAACCGCACUGGGUGUUGCAGAGCAACAUAAUAACAGAAAGAGCAUCAGAAUUCUGCAUGGUUGCUUUAUUCCAGGAGUUGCAGACAUUAAAUCUAAGUGGGAGAAACAAAUCGUCAAGUAUACCGCAAAAGCAUCAUCAGUAAUUUUUGACGAUUUGGAUAAUAUAUCAAGCGAUGACCGCAAUGCCUAA